ACAAACUGAGAAGAUCUACCAGCCUUCAGCAGCAGAGUCAAGAUUUCGGAGAUCAGAGAUCAACAAAUUCAAGGCGAAGCCGAAGAACAAAAAUGAAGAUUCUUUUACUUUUACUCACCUUGAUAGUCAAAAGUAGUCAGCUAACACUGAAUGAGUGUGGAGCAGAAGCAAGGCGGCCACAGGCCAAUGAUAUCGCAGUGCAGUGUGGUACUUCAUCCAUUAGUCUGGCGGUCCAAAUCUGCCCAGUCGUCUACACUGGCUACAACGAGACCCUGCUGAUCCUGAACUCUAUAUUGGACACAACCUGCAGAGCAACCCUUGAUGAAUCUGUGAGUCCACCUGUUGCUCGGUUCAACUUCCCCUUAAAUACGACCCAAGCCUGUGGAAGCGUAUUCCGGACUACCAGUUCCGCCGGAACAGGUAUAUUCUCAGACUUCUCCAACAUCCAGACGGUCAACAUCAGCGGCAUAGUUCGGUCUGUUGAUCUCACGACAGGCACAGUCACUUACAACGCUGAGCUGAAGUACUACUACUCUUGCGCCUAUCCCUUAGAGUAUCUGAUCAACAACACCCAGAUAGAUGUGUCAUCUUCCUCCAUUGCAAUCAAGGACAACAAUGGGAGUUUCAUCAGCACCCUGAGCAUGGAGCUGUUCAGUGACAGCCAAUACACAAUACCGAUGGUCAUUCCACAGCUGGGGAUUGAAUUGAGGACCAAGGUAUAUGUUGAGGUCAAGGCCACCAACUUGACAGGCCAGUACCAUGUCUUGCUUGACCGGUGCUAUGCAUCCAUCUCGCCACUGCCCUCCAACUCCAGCUUCUUCAACCUGCUCGUCCCCUGCUCCAAGGAUCAGUUCACCACCAUUAUUGAGAAUGGAGACAGCCAGAGCUCCCGCUUCCACUUCCCGGCCUUCCGCUUCAUCGAGCAGCAGGACGAGACGGUGUCCACCUACCACCUCCACUGCAUCACCCGGCUUUGUGAGAAGAGCACCUGCACUACAUUCAAGAAAUGCAGCAACCGGAGGAAACGAAACACCCUGGACACAUCUGAAGAGGGUAUAAGCAAAACUUACACAAUCACCUCUCGAGAGAUCAUCACCAAAGCCAAGACUGCCGAGUCCAAAGAGGAACCCCUCCUUGCAGAGGAAGGAGAUGAAUCCACCGUAGGGCUCGGUGUGGCUGUUGGCGUUCUCACUGUUGCUUGCCUUAUUGGCGUCAGUGUUGCAGCUGUAUUUUACAAAAGGCUCAGGAACUAAGGAGGUACCAGUGAGCUGAAAUGCAGAGUACUUGCAUAAGGCCUAUGGGCCAAACAAUUUGCGAGGUGUAGUGUAUCUGCACCCUCAUUUUAGUUUUCUGGUGGAGGACUGGGCUCAGCUCAUCAACACAUCUGUUGGGAGAUCUCUGUCUGUCAGUUACUGUAGUCCUAAUUGUGUAUCAUUCCUGGAGAGAUAGUUGGGAGAACGGCGCAUCUUUAGAGGAUUCAGUAGAUUUUUGUUAGUGUCAUACAUUCCUUAUACCUUAAAUGGACAAAUAGAAGCUUUUAGUGUUAAUGCCUGUCCGCACUUUAUAAGCUUUGAAAAAAAAAAUUCAUAGGGGUAAAAGAAUGGGAACUGGAGGGUAAAAUAUAGAAGAAAGAAAAAAACAGAAAAAUCU